AAAGAUUUGAAUAAUGUAGAACACAAAUAUGUGAUUAUACUCACUUAUCGAUUUGGCAUUGCCCUUUACACUAGUAAUACAACAACAUUUUGAAAACCAACACAGACCAAAAGUUCAAGUAUAAGGCUGAGGAAAGUUGUUACAACACUAAAUUCCAGGAACAUGGUCACAUGGCUGCGUUUUUUUCACGUUUGGGUUGGCGUUUUCGUCCUUAUUCAGAUUUUCCUUUGUGGAUGGUUUUUUUUUCACAAAGGCCACAUCAUGCAUCAUGAGGUGGUGAAAAUUUAUCAAAACGCCUACGAUAUCCCAGUGAACGUAAUGCAAACGACAAAUUCGCGGCCGACAGAAAGCAAAACUGGUUAUCGAUACAAAGGAAAAAUUAAAGGUCUGGACUAUCAGGAUUUGUUCAGAAAAGUUAAUGGAAUUAUUCGUAAAAAUCUUCAAGUGCAAAUCGUCCGAAACUGGAAGAGCAAAACAUCUCUUGUUACUUUGAAAUACACCAACUUCAGCUUUUCAAAAGCGAUCAAUGUUUUGCCGAAAGCCAAGUACAAAUCUCCACCAAAGAAAUAUGUUUUUGUGCAUGAAAUCCUCAACGACCAACUAUCAAAAAACACACGAGCACUACUGAGCCUAUGCGUGCAGGCUGGACAAAGCGGGCGAUCUGUUGUCAGGCCUUUUGUCAGACAGACUAAAUUUGGUCCAAAUGCUGCAUGGUCGCAUUUAGAAACAUACUUUAAUGAAACGUACCUGGAUAACUUGCUCCGGACAACUGGGUACACUUCACUGGCAGACAAACAAGAAUACCUCAAGGAGUGUCCAUCAAACAACGCUGAUCAUGUGAGCAUCCAUUUCAUUGAAAACUCGACUGCUUCGAAGAAGUUCACAAAUAAACGUUUCGGUAUUAAAGACAACGAUUUUAAUAGCAUUCUACAGAAAUCUACCAAAAAAGGUUGGACGGAGUGCACUUUAAUCGAUAAAACGAUGAGGAAAACUGCGGGAAAACAGUUUUGUGUUAAUAGUGCUGUUAUAACUGACUGGAGAGUGUUGGAAAGAGAUAUUGUUAAGGAUGCAAAGUGUUUAAAUAUUGUUCAGUGGAGAGGAAUUGACGGUAAAGCCUAUCGGCUAAAGUUUCGUGAAGAUCAUCUCAAGUUCUCUUCACUGGAUCUCACAUUUGCUUUAAAGCCGGGUCUUUCUGUGAUGCAAGAGGUCCAACGUUUUAGAAAAGAAAAUUUACUCGGAAAUUACAUCGCUUUAUACGUACGCGGUGAAAAGAUUUUGCUUGCAAAGUCAUUGGAUAGACUUUAUGAGUGCGUCGAUUUGCUUCUUGAGGUGCUGGUGGCUCUAAAGAAGACACAUGGUUUAUCAAAAGUUUUGGUUGCCACAGAUAUGGGAGAUUUUGGUUCCGGGUCGUUAGUGCGCUAUCGCAUGACAAAACAUCUCAAUGAGAAUGUCUUUAAAGAUAUCCAUGACCGCAUUUUGAAGGAAUCGAAGGGGGUAACUUAUUCUCCCUCUUCGGAUAAACUAGAUCGCGGUGUAAUCGCGUUGGUCGAUAUUACAUUGCUUUCUCAGGCGCGCCAUCUUGUUAGUGCCGGUGACGGAACUUUUCACGAGUGGUUAGCGGCGAGAUUCCUGAAUGAACACCGAAAUGAUCGAGAGAUUUGGUCUAAAACAACUGUUUGUGCUAAUUUGUAAUACGGCAAUCAAUUCUUCAAAUUUCAUUUUUACCCAAGAUCUAACAAAGCGAAAAAAUUACUUUGAGGUAUUAUUGAAAUGAGUUAAUAACAUGAUUCUUGUAGUUGUGUCAGACAUCCUAACAGUAGCAUCUGCUUGUUUGGUUUCAAAAAGAUUUUUUGCAAUACCUCAAAAUCAUCUCUGAAACACGGGUAGCCGCGCGGGCUCAUGUUAGCCUGUGCUCCCCAGUCCAUAUCACGGAUUUUACGUGGCUAGACUCAUGCAACUGUUGGCAACUUGAGACUAAUCUUUGGGGGACCUACUUCCACUUUGUUCAAGCAUACCACACAUAAAUAAAACCUUUACCGUAGGCAGGCAUUUAUAAUACUUUUAUUUACGGUGAUCUUAUAACCUAUAGGCCAGGGUCGUAGUUGAGUAAGCAAGCAUCCAUGCCGCUAUGGUAAUGGAUGUUUUAAAAUAUUAUACAAAUAAUGUCAGAAAAAUCAAAG